UAAUCCUAAUUGUGAAUUAGAAGAUUGUCGAGCGAUUUGGGCAAGAAAAAAGGGUCCUGGACCUUAAACAAUUAAUUCAGCUUUGCAAUACGCAAUCAGGCUUUUUUAAUUGUGUUUACAAAGCAUAGUACAGGAUGGGUCAAAACUGAUUUAAUUAUUUAAAAAACUAAAAAAAAAAAUGUAUUGGCUGUCGGAGCAUUUUACAUACCUUAAACAUUUGUAAAAUGUUUAAGGUAUUGUUUAUGAUAGAUGGAAUUAAGUGAAACUGAUUGCCAACAUAAAAAAUGUCGCAAGCGCUUGUCGCUUCAACAGUCUUCAUUUCCUAUGGGCCUGUUCGAGUUGAAUGGGGACCGCCCAAAGAGGGAGGGAUAGGCGAUGUGCCAACGGGAUUGUUUUCACGAGUGCGGCAACGCAGCGGAAAAUUUUAGUUAGUAGUGAAGUAAAUAUGGCGAUACGAUGGGUGUGUGUAACUCUCCUCUGCCUUGCAACUUGUCAAUUGUGUAUUAGUUCUUCUCAAUUCCUUCCAAAUUUGGGACGAGCAGAGUCCCAGUUUGCACGUCACCGCACAUUCCGGCCGUCAGCCUACCAUGGCCGCGAAAAGCGACAACUGCAACACACCCGCCGCGAGAACGGACACGUCAACGAUUUGUCAAUCAUCUAUUCUUUGGAUAAUGAUUCGUAUAUACUAGACCUUCGAUUAAAUAGAGAUCUGGUGCCCGAUGGCUACUUUGAAAAGUACCAUCAGGAUGGUGAGCAAAUAACCGAGCGGUCAAAUGGCACGGCCAAACAAGCCCAGCUGUGCCAGUACCAAGGGCAAAUUCGCCAUGUCCCUAAGUCGUGGGCGGCCCUGUCGACAUGUGCUGGAUUAAGAGGUGUGAUAUUCGAUGGCCAGGAACUUCAUUAUGUUGAACCACAGAGUGGUUCGUCGCUGGACGACGAACACCUUUUGAUGAAACACUCUGAUCUGACUGCCAACUUUUCCUGCGGAACACAUUCCGCCUUGCCCCAUUCUAGUCACAGCCAUCCAAGGGUGAGGCGACAAACAGAUUUGCCUUCAGGCACUCCUGCAGCCAGUGGCCCAUUUAAAGCUAAUAGCCGAUCCCGUUACGUCGAGCUAGUUCUUGUUGUCGACAAUAAAAGCUAUGAAAGUCAGGACAAAGAUCUCAACCGAGUCUUUAGGCGAUGCAAAGAUAUUGCCAACAUUGUUAACGCGCUGUACGCGCCCCUCAACAUUUUUGUUGCUCUGGUCGGCAUCGUCGUCUGGUCAGAAAAGGAUGAAAUUCAAAUUUCCGUUAAGGGUGAUGAGACAUUGACCAACUUUCUACACUACCGCCGCGUCCGGUUAUCGAAAGAGCAUCCUAACGAUAAUGCGCAACUACUUACUGGUGUUCAGUUUCAAGGGGGAGUAGUCGGUAAAGCUCUCAAAGGCCCCAUGUGCACCUAUGAAUUUUCUGGCGGAGUAGCGAUGGAUCACAGCCCAACGGUCGGUCUCGUUGCAACAACAGUGGCGCACGAGAUGGGGCAUAAUUUUGGCAUGGAGCAUGACAACGAUUCCUUGUGCCAUUGCCCAGAUGACAAGUGCAUCAUGGCUGCAUCUUCUAGUGCGGUCAGUCCGACUCAUUGGAGCUCAUGCAGUUUGGAAAAUCUGGCAUUGGCCUUUGAACACGGAAUGGAUUAUUGUUUGCGCAACAAACCAGUGAGCCUAUUUAAAAGUCCAGAAUGUGGCAAUAUGUUUGUUGAAGACGGUGAAGAAUGCGAUUGCGGCCUUCCAGGACGGUGUGACAAUCCUUGCUGCAAUGCCCAUACGUGCAAGUUACACGUCAACGCCACCUGUGCCACCGGUGAUUGCUGUGACACUGCGACGUGCCGCAUGAAAAAUGCAGGCUCCCCGUGCCGAUCUUCUUUGCAGGAAUGCGACCUCCCAGAAUUUUGCACAGGCAAAAGUGAAUAUUGCCCAGUGGAUCUCCAUAAGUUGGAUGGCACCUCUUGCGGUCAAGAUAAAGCCUAUUGUUACGAAGGAUCCUGCCGUAGCCACUCGGAUCAAUGUCGACUUUUGUGGGGUCCUUCUGGCAAAGGUUCCGACGCCAAGUGCUACGACCAAAACACGCAUGGCAAUAAAACGGGCAACUGCGGCUAUCUCAAAGCCAACGACACCUUUGCAAAAUGCCUUGACGAAAACACGCACUGUGGGUUGUUGCAUUGCUCACAUCUGAAUGAAAGGCUAGAGUUCGGCAUGGAAUCCGUGGCCGUCUUAUCUCAUUCGUUUUUCAACGUAGAAGGAAAAAUCAUUCCAUGUCGAACAGCUAAUGUUGAUCUGGGCCUACAAGACGUCGAUCCGGGUCUAGUCCCCAAUGGCGCCAAAUGUGGGCAUAAUAAGAUGUGCGUUGAUCAGCGCUGUGUUGCCGUUUCUUCAAUAAUAAAAGCAGGAUGCCCACAAAAAUGCGGUCAAAACGGCGAGUGCAAUAACCUAGGUAAAUGCCACUGCAAAGUCGGGUUUGAUCCACCCUAUUGUCAACAUUUUGGGGCUGGAGGCAGUGAAGAUGGAGGACCAGCAUCCGAUCCUAAUGUACGAAAUGGUUUCGUGGUUGCCAUGUUUAUCAUCUUCCUUGGCAUCUUUCCCAUCAUGGCGCUUGCAUUCUGUUGCUGGUACUGCUGUCGUGAUCGACAGCAAAGAACACAACUUUGGGCCAAAAUUAUGGGCGGGCCAAAAUUAUCAUUGCCAACACGUGGCAGUCCCGAUUUUACCCAACCGCCGAGUAGCUCCAACAGUUCAACGACAUCUUCGCCAUCCAGACGGAUUCAAUAUCGAGGGCGAUUGUUUUGCCCAGUUAGUUGGUGGACGAACAAGAUGUCAAGUAGACGACUGCCUGCAGACGAACCCACGACCCGAAAUAACACUGUCAAGAUUGAAAUCUCCCGGCCAAUGCCAAUCCGCCCAAACAAGCUCGGAAUUAUUGGCAAUGGAUCAACUCCUUCUGUUACAACUGCAUCAGUUUCACGAGCGCCGCCCAGCUCUAUUGCCCAAAACCUUGCCGGCCAAUACCCUGGCGUUACUCUCUCGCCUCUUACUGAGAAUGCAGAUUCCAGCUUUGAUAGUUUCGAUAGUGCGGAUUCAGCGGAUGCCCCUAGUCGCAAUCCAGCACCUGUAAUCAACGGUGGCGUCCCGAAGAACGAAACAAACAAAUCGGUCGGGGUCGUUGCCGCCCGCGCAAGCUUUUUCUCCAAUGGGCCCGUCUCGAGCAGUAAUGCAACUGCUGCCUCCUCUGUCCCCGUCAGACCAGCCCCUGCUGCUCCCGUUGCUUCAAGCGCAUCGCCACCCCCAAAGCCAGCCGUCAGUCUUCCACCCCGCAAUCAAAUAUCCACAACUCCGACACUGGGUCAUACAGAAAUCGUCAUCUCAAAAACGAUAGUUCCAGUCUCGACAAAUGAUUCUUUGGUUAUAACGGUGGGAAAACCAGAACUGCCUCCCAAGGGUCGUCCGCUGUCAAUUCCAAACGCGUGCAAUGUCAAAGGCCCUAACUGGACAGAACCCGUUCCCUCUCAAUCUGUUCCGACAUCAGCAGCAGCUGGAUCUGCCCAGCCAAGCAGCUCAUCAACUUUACAAAAAGUUGCGUCUCUUUUCAAAACGAAUCCUACUCAAGCAACUGUCAACCACCCGGAAUCAAUGCCGGAUGCAGCCAGCGUCUCUGAAAAUGAAGGCAGCACAUUGCCCCGCAAUCAAAGUAUAAAAGCCACAAAGAUAAAUCGUGAGAGUUUACGUGGCUUGGAGAUAUCGAACCCAAUCUUGCAAAGUACCAUUGAAAUGCCAUCUAAAGUUGUUCCCGUUCGACCUGCUCCAGCACCGCCGCCGUCUUCCACUCCGUCACCUCCGCCACCAGCAGCUGUUCCUGUCGUUUCGUCUCCAACUACCCCAACUUCUAAAUUAGGAAUCAGUAGCACUUUGCCAAGGCUGCCAAAGCCCAACAAGGUCCACUUUGCCGACGAUAAUGAAAAGUCAGACAAAACUAGUAAUGUCAAAUUGGCGCCAGUGGUAGAGCGUUCUGAAAGUAUGCGUCUUCGCGGCGUUACCAACCGGCCGAACAUACCACAAUUCGGUUCGAUGAGAGCCAAGAGACCUUUAAGUAUGCCCUUCACUCGACCAACCUCCCCUCCCCCCAAGCCACCGAACGCAAAAUUCGCCACCAGUCCUAUCGUCGAAAACGACUAUCCCUAUGAUGACUGUUCGGCGGUAACCCAGGCAGAGGAAGAUGCGAUUUACGCCAGCAUUGAGGAUUUACCCAGAGAUGGGUCAUCAGCGGAUCGCGACGAAGCUGGUAGCACAACGACCAGUAACUCGGAUGGCUUGUUAUCCGAAAUUGUUUGCGAACUGAAGAAGAAGAACUUAGACGACGUAUACUCGGUUACUAAGAAAAAUAAAGCAUCAGUAGCAUCUACUAUUCCAGAAUGUUCGCAGCCCGUUGCUACUACAGCAGCCAAAACAACAACAGCUCCUCUACAAAAAAAUGCCCUUUCAAGAUUCACCGCUACCAAUAGCAGCAGUGCACCCCCGACAGCAAAACCAACCACGGCACCUGUAGCAACAGCUCCAACGGAAGGCUAUAAACCAUUUUCAUCAAUAAUGGGUUCUCGUGGUCGCUAUUUGGGUACAACUGCCGUGACAAGUACUGCUACUUCUGUCGUUGAUGCGGCCGCUUCUCGCUCUGUUAGCAGUGCUCCUUCACCUGUUACCACCGUUUCGGCAACGAAAACAACGGCGUCUGUCCAGCCCGUCACUGCUGUUGUUAAUAGCGCGAACUUACAGAAAACCACGCCAUCGGCAAGUAAACCAAUGGUUCCCGUAACGACAUCGGCAGAAUCGACUACCCGGAAUAGCCACGUUCCUUUGCCACAGCAGCCGCCUGUCGGCAAACUGCCAUUAUCUUCGAAAAUUGCAAGCAGCGUCACUGAACAAUCGACCCGCGGGUCCGGCAAAACGGUGUUGGAAAAACCAACACCUGUUACGAACGGAACUGUUGCCAGUAAACGACCCAUGUCACCAGAUAGGGAGACAAAUGUCGUCAAACCUGGAGUUCAUCAACUGGGCAAUGCUACGGCCAAAUCAAAAUUUCCAAACUCGAAGCUAAGUGCCGCGUCAAAGCAAUCGGGGGCACCUGUCAAGAGUGGUGCCGGAAGCAGUGUUCCUAAGCUGACGAAGCCUUCUGUUACCGGUUCGGCUUUUCGCUCUACCGCGAAUAACAACUCCACGACUAGCGUGAGCUCCAGCAAAGCAACGACAUCAACUAGCCCCAGUGUCAGUACUUCUAGUCCAGUUGGCGCUAACAUUGCUUCCAGUGGAAAACAUAAUUCUUCAGCGUCCCAUGUACAGACCAUGCAGCAGAAAUUCGAUACAUCCAAUUCUAUUAAUGGGCCUGUCGUCAGUGCCAGCAGUAAUAAAGCCACUUCAGCUUUACCCGCGAAAAGCAAAUCUAAUCCUAAGCGAUGAACAAAAAUAGGUCCAAUGGUGCCGUAAUUCGUCGAUGUUUUCUUCUUUACUAUUCUCUUUCGUAUUUGUAACCAUCUGACAGCCACGCCACUCAUUAUUCCAUCAUACUUCCAUUAUCUUUCAGGCACCGCGUCACUUCUACAAUAGGAGAUGAAUUAGAAGGCAUUGAUAAUGGACAAGAUCAGUAUUUUAAAAAAGGAUAUUGUACAUAAUAUGUAAAUUCAAUUCUCUUUUCGGCAAUCAUGUUCACACUACACAGAAAUAAAAUACUGUUCGUUUA